CCCGCGCAGGCACGAGACGCCGCGGCCCGGACGAGGCGGCGGCGCAGGCCUGCCGAGCGCAGGCGGGCAGCCUCCGGAGCGCGGGGGCUUCGCGUCCCGCACCCCGGCGAACGCGGGUAGCCCGGGCGUGCUGCAUUUUGCUGCCCCUCUCCGCAGGGGCGCCGCGGCGUGCAGCCCGCGCUUCUCCCCACCUGCAGCCCCUCCUCCCGCCGCUGCCGGGGGGGAUAAAGCGCACGUCCUUGCCCUUCCUUGGCCUCUUCAGGUCCUGCUGUCCCCGGCCCCCACCCCGCCUUGCCUCCCCCCCCCCCCGCUCCUCCCCUCCCCCGACUCUCCGGCCUCCCAUUCAUUCCGUGCGCUGCCUCCCUCCCCUUUCCUCUUUCCCGCCCCGGCCCUCCCCCAGAGCCUCCCCACGCGGACCCCGUUGCAGUCUCGCUAUUCUUAGCCCAUUCGUGGAAGUUUAGGGCCUGGAUGGUGCCCCCAAGUCCGGCCUGAGAACGCAGCCCGAGCUGCUGGCCGGGAACAGGAAGAUGUCUGUGCUCAAGCGGAUGAUGCGGGUCUCCAAUCGCUCCCUCCUUGCCUUCAUCUUCUUCUUCUCCCUCUCCUCGUCCUGCCUCUACUUCGUCUAUGUGGCUCCAGGCAUCGGUAAUUCUGGACCCUGGGAACUUUAUUUCUGACAAAUACCCCAACUGGUGGGUGAAAAAAACCAACACGUAUCUCUUCAUGGUACAAGCUCGAGGAAUAAUGUUGAGAGAAAAUGUGAAAACCAUAGGACAUAUGAUCAGGCUGUACACAAACAAGAACACCACACUCAACGGUACAGAUUAUCCUGAAGGCAAUAAUUCAAGUGAUUAUCUUGUUCAAACAACAACAUAUCUUCCGGAAAACUUCACAUAUUCACCAUAUCUCCCCUGCCCAGAAAAACUGCCUUAUAUGCGGGGAUUCCUCAAUGUCAAUGUAAGUGAAAUCAGUUUUGAUGAAAUUCAUCAACUCUUCUCCAAGGAUUUAGAUAUUGAGCCAGGAGGUCACUGGAGGCCUAAAGACUGUAAACCCAGAUGGAAGGUGGCAGUUCUCAUUCCUUUCCGGAAUCGCCAUGAACAUCUCCCAAUUUUUUUCUUGCAUCUGAUUCCAAUGCUCCAGAAACAGAGGCUGGAAUUUGCCUUUUAUGUCAUUGAACAGACCGGCACACAGCCUUUUAACCGUGCGAUGCUCUUCAAUGUGGGCUUCAAAGAGGCCAUGAAAGACAGUGUCUGGGACUGCGUAAUCUUCCACGAUGUGGAUCAUCUACCCGAAAAUGACCGAAACUAUUACGGUUGUGGAGAAAUGCCGCGUCAUUUUGCAGCAAAGCUGGAUAAAUACAUGUAUAUUCUUCCAUAUAAAGAGUUUUUUGGUGGUGUAAGUGGACUGACGGUGGAACAAUUUAAAAAGAUCAAUGGUUUUCCUAAUGCCUUCUGGGGAUGGGGAGGAGAAGAUGAUGACCUUUGGAAUAGAGUUCACUAUGCUGGAUACAAUGUAACAAGACCAGAGGGAGACUUGGGGAAAUACAAAUCUAUUCCUCAUCACCAUCGAGGUGAAGUCCAGUUUUUAGGACGGUAUAAAUUACUGAGGUAUUCAAAAGAGCGUCAGUACAUCGAUGGGUUGAACAAUUUAAUAUAUACGCCAAAAAUACUGGUUGAUAGGUUGUAUACAAACAUAUCUGUAAACCUCAUGCCAGAGUUAGCUCCAAUUGAAGAGUAUUAAAAGAAGUAGCUGUCCUGGCAAAGCUAGACCACAAUGCUGAUCACAGACUUGGAGUAUAUUCUAAAUGGAGGUCAGUGAAUGGACGUGUCACAGUGCCCUGAUCCGUGAGAAGAGCCAGCUGUCCUUAGUGUUUACGGUGUGAGAUUAUAUGCCAUCACCCAUCCUGGACUCUGAGACACUCGCCCUCGGCAAGCACUGCGGAGACUCCGUGCCGUUGCGGAAGUCUGGAAGUUAAGAGGGCCUCCCUACAAAGAGAAAAUUUUUAUACUAACAUAUAUAAUUUAAUUCAAGAGAAUGCUUUAUUUCUGUUUAAACAUGUUUUGUAUAUAUGUGAUGUAAAUUAAUGUGUUCAAAUUGUUGAAAAAGAUGUGUUGCAGUUUUGCAUGUAAUUGGUCAUGCCUUUAUUGGACUUUUCUAGACAUUUUUAUUUGCAUGGAAAAAAACAAUGCAAAUUUAUGUCACUAAACAAAGGUUAACCCUUGUGUGAAAUGAAGGAACUGUCAAUAAUUGACAGCCAACUAAUACAGUAAGUGGUUAUACUAGUUUUGAGCUUUAGACCUUCAGCCUCUUGUGUGGAAGUCACAGCUUUCUUAGGGUUCUAAAGGAUAAGAAGAAAGGAGUUAAACAGCUCUUCUUCCUACCAGGAUUACCUGUUUUUUUCCUUGGCUUGCAAUCUCAUCAGAUUUUGCUAAGUCACAGCCAUAUUGUUUAUGCACAUUGCAUGAGUAUUACCAAGAAAAUCGUAAACGUUGUGAUGUAACACGAUAUAAAGGACCUCUUUAUGUUAACUGUC